AUGAAUACAUAUAUAGGCAAAAGAUAGAGAUCUAUUUUCAUGUCAUGGAAGUUACAUAAUUCGUAUCUUUUUUUAUUCAGAAUCAUUAUAUCAUAUUUAGUGUAUUCUGAAAAAAAAAAAUCUAUACAUGUUCUAUCUUCCAAGGCGAAAAUUCUUAAACAAAGAGCCUUCAUCUUCUAUAUAGCCCAAUUAUUUUGUAUGUUUAUUCUAAGAUGGCGGGUUAUUGUUCUCGCUACCUCUAGCUCACCCUAUUCUGUGCAACAAGAUCUGAUGAGUCCAAUUAUAUGUUAGCAAAUCAAAGGCCUUGUAAUCAACCUCAGCACUGGAGUAUUAAUUUCCUCAUCAUCAAUCUUGUUGUGGCUAUUUUAGCAAAGGAAAAUGGAUGGUCAUGGUGGAACCAAAGUGACAGGUAUUGGACAAAUUGUGAGACUCAAACAAUUAUUACAGAAAUGGCAAAAUGUCACACUUAGCCCUACUAAGGAAAAAAACCAUAGCCCGAAAAUCGGACGUAUAAAAUCAUCCAAUAAUAGAAAAAACGAGACCUACGGAGGUAUUUCCCCAUCUAUAAGCAAGAGGCUACGGGAUUCAGACGAGGACAAUUGUCAGAGUCCAGAAUCGCCACAUGGCGUGCCACGUGGAUAUUUAGCAGUUUAUGUUGGGCCAGAACUUAGGAGAUUUAUAAUUCCAACAAGUUAUCUAAGUGACCCUUUGUUCAAAGUGUUACUUGAAAAAGUUGAGGAAGAGUUUGGGUUUGAUCAUAGUGGUGGGCUUACUAUUCCUUGUGAGAUUGAGACAUUCAAGUUUUUGUUGCAAUGUAUGGAGAAGCAUCAGAGAUGUGCCCCUGUUGAUAAUCAUCACAAUGGUUCUGAUGCAGGGAUCAUGGCCUGAUAAUGAUUUCAAUAUAUACUAGCUAAGACAGAUCUUCGUGGACAGUUGAUCAGGCGUAACUCUAUCAUGGUCUUUAUAAUUAGUGAUGGACUGAUAUUAAUUAGGAUUAAUUAUUUAUUUUCUUUUAAUUUCUUGUAUCCUGGUGUAAAAUAUACGAAGAUCUCUGCUUGUACUUGUAUUUCACUAUCACUUUAUCAACACUUAUCCUUUUUAUUG